UUGAUAUACGAUUAUGACAUUUUUUGUAAUAAAUUUAAUCAAAAAGUGUUUGAAAUCGUAUCGGCCGAUAGGAAAAUGAUCCUUAUCAGUUUAACGCAACCCUUUGUUAUUUAAUGUGAAACAUUAAAUAUUUCAAACCAGGUACAGUAGAUAUGGGGAGAAAUACAAUAGCGUGGGGUUAUAGAUUACCUACGCCGUUGUUAGGCCGUUUAAAUAUGUAACAGUAGACUGUUUACAUGACUGACGAUUAAUAUUGUGUGUAGAAAGAUUUAUUGGCAUUGGAAUGGACUUUCAUACAAACUUCGCGUUUUCAAAACUAGAGCUGGUGAUAGGAUUGUAAACGAUCGGUCUGUAGAAAAGAAACUGUUUGCUAUGACAACCAGAGUGACGUCCCCCGAUUCCUCAUCAAGUGCCGGGGAACUCCCGAAUGUGAGUGGGCUGAGUAAAGCGUCGCCACACCCGGAGGAGUGGACGCUGCCGCACGAGUGGAACAUAGAAAAACGCGAGAUGUAUGACAACUGGAAGAUGGACGUUCAAAAUCAGAUCUCAAACCUCGCAGUGACGCUGAAGAAUUCGUUACAAAAACACCCUCGCCCGGAAGUCGCCAUGUUCGACUACUCGGAUGCCGUUGCCGACAACGAGGUCCGGAAGCAGUUGAUGGGACGCGAGCGUCAGGCCGGAAACACCCUCAUCUACGGACUGGCCCGCGUACCACCGCCAGAUAAGGCGCCAUUUCCUUGAGGUGGCAGAUUGACGGCGUAUUAGCGCUUGCUCAAAUUACUGCAGUUUUGACGUGCACAAUGUGUCAUGAAUUAUUAAGAGAUUUUUUUUUUUGCGAAUUGGACGAUUAUAAAGUGAAGACUAUUA